CAGAGGCAGGAAGUCAUCAGACAAGCUCCUUCCCGAAACUGAGAAACCACCUAGGUGCGACUCGGUUUUUCGAGUCACAACUUGAAGUCUGUCUACAACUCCCUACACACAAAUUAUGCAUAGAAAUCAUGGAAACAUUACAGACCAGAAUGGAAACAUGACUUGAUGCGUCCACCCAAAUCUCGAUGGCAAGCUGAGCUCUUCUCUUGAACAUGUCGUCAACGGCUGUCGGAAUAGUGACUUGGGAGGACACGAGCAAAGAGCCCCCGGAUAGAGGAUCUGUCUUGAUUCCUGCAAACAAGACCGUCUUAGUUGGCCGGGAUGAGGCUAGGAAUCAUAUCGCAUUUGCAGACCCAGUGGUGUCGAGAUCUCAGCUGGAAAUCUUCUCCAUCGUUGUUGAUGAAGAGGGCAAGCACCCCCCUCUCGUUUUUGUGCGCGAUCGAGUAUCCUCGAACGGGACCGCCGUCAAUGGUCAGCUCAUCGGAAAGGGAGCGAAGUUGUCCCCGUCCAGACUGCUCGAAAACGGAGACGUGAUAACCAUCGGGCGGCAUCCUCACUUGACUCUCAAAGUCCAGCUGUCGCAGGUUCAGUCCUCGUACAUCCUCAGUCCUACCCAGCAGCAGGAGGUCGAGCUCUUUAAAGACCGCUAUGUUGUCAUUGAUCGCACUAUUGGCGAAGGCGGUCAUGCUGUGGUCUUUCUCGCCAAGGAGGUCGAGACUGGACAGCACGUUGUCUGCAAAGUCCAUGAUAUCAGCAGAUUUUCACAGACAUCCAGGGUAGUUGAGAGAAUUCGCCAAGAAGCAGCCUUGCUGAGCACGCUGGACCAUCCAAAUAUCCUCCCCGUCAAGGCGGCGUUCGAGACGCAACAGACAAUAUAUGUCAUCAUGGAACUGGCGACGGGAGGCGACUUGUUCUCGCUCCUUCUCAGGUACAACCGGCUGGCUGAUUGGGCGAUCAGGUCUAUCAUUCGGCAGGUCCUUCGCGGUGUCACCUAUCUUCACAGCAAAGGCGUCGCCCACCGAGACAUCAAACCAGAGAACGUCCUCUGCGGGGUGACACCCCAGGUCCCGUACCGGAUCAUGCUAGCCGACUUUGGGGACUCGGGCAUUGCUGGUCCGCAGAGGAUGAAGUCCGCCGUCGGAACUCGGUUCUACCGACCGCCUGAAUGUGCUGCUCCAGACCAUCACCACGAUCUAUCGGUUGAUAUUUGGGCAGUCGGGAUGCUUACCUUGCAGCUGUUCCUCGGAUACCAGGAGCUACCCGGGCUUGAUUCCGUCGUCUUCAAGAACCAAGAAGAUAUUGACGAAUAUCUGGACCUGACAUUCUCUGGCUUCGAUCCUCAACUCCGAAUUUCCCAGGCAGCAAAGGAUUUCAUCCGCCGUUGUCUUGUCUAUGACAGCGCAAGAAGGCCGACGGCCCGCCAGGCCUUCUACCACGCAUGGCUUCAAGAGCCGAAGAGCGACAGGGAGACGUUCAAGCGAUUGGAGGCGGAGAGCGCCCUACUAUGGAAGCCCCAGUGGGUCAAGUUCCCCGUUAUCGAAACCCUCAAAAGGGAAUCUACUGGCAUGGAUAAGCGUCAUGGCUCAUAUGCAAACAACUACAACGCCCCGAAAGAUUCUGUGUCGCCGCAUUUCAUGGACCGCAAGCAGGUGACGGCAGCUCUGAGACCGAGAACGCACAGCAAGGGAAAGUGUGCAGCCGUUCCAACAACGCCGAUCGGACACGACACUAUGGAGCAAAAGAAACGGAAGGAUAUGGCGCCUGUCACUGGGGGCGCGAAACGACUGAAGUCUUCGCCGACUUGAUGCCAGAAAUAGGCCCAACUGCGAGAUCGGGGAGAUUGCAACAGACUAACCCCUUGCCCAGUGCUGUAAUAAGACCGCAUGUAGCUAAUUUGCAACAAACAUCCAGGUGAGAAGUGAGAACCUUAGAAGACC